UAUUGUUGCCGCUCUCAGUCGUUCCUGGCGCGCUGCUUGCACUCGCACCCGCACCCGUAGACCCUGAGCUGCGCCGCAAUUCCCUCGUCUCUUAAUCAACAAUGCCUUCCUUGAGGAGCAGGAAGCCGGCUCACUCGUCAUCACCUUCGUACGACAGUACCCAAACUAUCAACGGCAACGGCAACGGCAGCGGCAGCAACUCGACGUUGUCGUCCUCACCCUCUUCAUCAUCAUCAUACGCCAAGAAGGGAUUGCCUACCGUUGGCGUCACACAACAAGACGACAGCGAUGGUUAUGCUCCACUGAGCGACCUCGCUCGGGGUAGCAUCAAUGGCGCAGGGGCAGCAGAGCAUGCCGCUGCUCUCAACGGCCACACGGGGCCUUGGACAGUCAAUGCCGUCAAUGGGCAUGGCGGUGAAGAUGAGGAGGAGUCACAGCCGCCCAGCUUGGGCACUGGUUCCAGCGCUAGCAUCGAAUCGCUCGAGAGCGUACAGUCGAGCUACCAACGCAAGGCUAUGCUACAGCAACAGCAGGCAGCUGGCAUUAAUCCGACAAAGGGCGUAAACAAGGCAAUGACAAUGGCUACAAUGGCUCAAGCUGGUAUCGCAGCCUUGCCUGGCAACGAUCCGAAAGCAGCGUUUGCAGGCGCUACUUCACACGACUCAUCGACCGAUGGCACCCCACUGCUUCAUUCCGAGUACGGCUACUGCCCGAACCAGUCCUAUCGCCAUACCUCGCAGCACCCGCCUGGCGCACCGCUACCGAGUCCAGAGGAGGAAGAGCCAUCAUACUGGGUCGUUUUGACAACGUACAUUUCCUACCUAAUCCUCAUCGUCAUUGGACACAUGCGCGACUUUGUCGGCAAGCGCAUCUUCCCAAAAGCCUACCGUCACUUGGUCGAGGCAAAUGGCUAUGCUGCCCUCAAUUCGGACUUUGACUCCUUCUACACUCGUCGGCUGAAGGCAAGACUCGACGACUGCUUCUCUCGUCCAGUCACCGGAGUAUGCGGUCGCACUGUCCUGUGCCUCGACCGAGUGACCGACGACUUCAAUGCCUCGUUCCGCCUUACGGGCGACAAGACGCGAGCGCUCAACAUCUCGGCAUACAAUUACCUCGGCUUCGCUCAGUCGCACGGAGGAUGCGCGGAUGCCGUCGAGGAGUGCCUGAAGCGCUACAGUGUCUCAUCAUUCGGCUCGAGGCUCGGCGCUGGCUCCCUCGACCUGCAGAAUCAGGCAGAGAAGCUCGUGGCCAAAUUCGUAGGGAUGGAGGACGCCGUCAUCAUCUCGAUGGGCUUCGCGACCAACUCAACGACAAUCCCUGCCAUUGCCAGCCCGGGCACGCUCAUCAUCUCCGACGAGUACAAUCACUCCUCGAUCCGCUUCGGCGCUCGUCUCAGUGGUGCGCACAUCCGACAGUAUCGCCACAACGAUAUGAAGGCGCUUGAGUCUCUGCUGCGCGAAUGCAUCUCGCAGGGGAUGCCGCGAACACAUCGCCCUUGGAAGAAGAUUCUGCUCAUCGUCGAAGGCCUCUACUCCAUGGAGGGUACACUCGUCAACCUGCCCGAGGUUAUGCGCCUCAAGGCAAAGUACAAGUUCUACCUCUACGUCGAUGAAGCCCACUCCAUUGGCGCCAUUGGUCCCAAUGGACGAGGCGUAUGCGACUACUUUGGCAUUGACCCGCGUCGCAUUGACAUCCUGAUGGGCACGUUCACCAAGUCUUUCGGCGCUGCCGGAGGCUACAUCUCAGGCAGCAAGGAGCUCAUCAACCGAAUUCGCCUCACAAAUCACGCCAAUGUGUACGGCGAGACCCUCGCCCCACCGGUCAUGACGCAGAUCAUCUCCAGCAUGGCCUCAAUCAUGGGCGCAGGAAACGAUCCGGCAGAGAAGGCUCUUCUCCCACCUUGGAUCGACCUCCCCGCCCGCCUCAUGGACGGCAGUGAAGGAAGGGAGCGUCUGCGUAGGCUGGCAUUCAAUGCACGCUAUCUCUCUUCGGGAUUGCGCAAGUUGGGUUUCAUCAUCUACGGUCAUCGUGAUUCUCCCAUCAUCCCGCUGCUCAUCUUCCACCCGGCAAAGAUGCCACUCUUCUCCCGCAUGAUGCUCGACCGCUCCAGAAGCAUCGCGCCCAGCCAACGCCCUGCAAGCUUCACGGUCGUUGAGGAGCGAGACGGCGAAGUGGACUCCUCGAAGCUCCCCAAGGGGAUGGACGACCCAGCCGACCUCAACCUGGCAACUCGCCCUGCUCGCCCUCCCAUCGUCGUGGUAGUCGUCGCUUACCCGGCUACGCCGCUCAUCUCGUCGCGCGUGCGUUUCUGUGUGUCGGCGAGCCACACCAAGAAGGACAUGGAUGACGUGCUGAGGGCAUGCGACGAGGUCGGAGGACUGCUCUCGAUGAAGUACGGCAGUGGUGGACCGGGAGGGCAGUGGGAUGUCGAGGAGGUUAUUGAGAGAUGUGAGGACCUGGUCAAGUGGGAUGGUGAGACGCCCAUCUAAGCGAGCUGUUCUCGGUGCAAAGGAGGCAGGCAGAAGACGGCAGCACAGAGAGGCUUGCCCACAACGACGUCGUCGACGAACUCAGUGGCCGGUAGCGGUACGCAGACUGAGGGCCGGCGGUGUCUCGUCGUCGUCAUCCCCCGAUGGACAGAAGUUAUACGCACGCAACGCU